GCGCGAGGAGAGGCGGCGGUGGUGGGCACUAUGGCCACGCGCGCGGUGAACGCCUACUCGGACACCCCAGCGUGGUUCCCCCCGCACCUCCAAGCGGGCCCGAUGCGGCGCCGCUUCUGGGGCGUGUUCAACUGCUUGUGUGCCGGCGCGUUCGGGGCCCUGGCCGCCGCUUCCGCCAAGCUGGCCUUCAGCAGCGAGGUGCACGUGGGCUUCCGCGCCUUGGGCAUUGCUAUGAUGGCCACCACCAACUCGCUGAUGUGGACGUUCUUUAGCCGGGGCCUCAGUUUCUCCAUGUCGUCGGCUGUUGCGUCUGUCACAGUGACUUUUUCAAACAUCCUCAGCUCGGCCUUGCUGGGGUUUCUGCUGUACGGCGAGUGCCAGGAGGCCCUGUGGUGGGGAGGCGUGUUCCUCAUCCUCUGCGGGCUCAUCCUGACCCACAGCAGCCUGCUGCCGACCCAGAAGGCCCUUGCUCACAAGCAGCAGUAGCGUCGGUGGCUGCGUGCGUCAGCUGGAGAGACAAUGGUGGUGGCUCAGGCACGGGCUGGCGCGUGGGGACCCCUCCCAGGUGACCUGGGGUGCAGCCUUCCGACGGUCAAGCGAAGGGAGAUGCUGCCUAGGGCAGCAGGCUCUGCCCCAGUGGCCUUGGGGGCAGACAGCCUGGCUCCUGCAGGGAACCGCGCACAGCAGGCGCUGCCUGGCGAGACCUGGUGCAGCCACACAGUGCUUUGUUUGAUGUUCACCCUCUCGGGCCGCCCAGGGGCCUUGGCAGAUGCUGGGACCCUGGGGUGGUCUGCCGCAUGGACGCACUGGAACCACGCUGUCAUCGCAGCGCUGUGGCCCGACAAAGGCCAGUCUCGUUUCACCGGGGUCAGUGACUGGUGGGGCUCUCGGACAACUUCGUGCUGGUGUGAUGGGCCGCCUGGGUCAUGCUUCUGAGUCACGGCAGGAGAAGGGAGACCGGGUUCGUGCCCUUUUGUAAAUGAAAACCACCAGGUCCAGAAUACUAAUUCUUUCCGACA